AGACAUGGGUCCAUCCCUGCCCACUGAGCAGACCAGGGCAGUUAUAAAAGGGGACCAAGCUGAGCAGGAGCACCUGCCGCCAUUACCAUGAAGCUCGCUGGUGCUCUCUUGCUGCUAGGGGCUGCCCUGCUCCUGACUUCAGGGGGAGAUUGUGGCCUUUGCCCAGCUUUAGAUAAAAAAGUUGAUAUAUUUUUCAAGGGGACUCCAGAAGAGUAUGUUGCGUACCUGAGACAAUUCAAUGAUGACCCUAAUGUACUGGAAAAUGCUGCAAAUAUCAAGAAAUGUUCCGAUAGGACUUUGACAGAGGAAGACAAGAAUCAGGCAAUCAGUCUUAUCGAAAAAAUAAAAGCCAGCCCGACAUGUUAAUGGGUACAUCUUUGCUCUUAAGGAAGCCACUUGCCUGCUAACCAGCAAAGAUGCAGAAAGCCAAAACCCUUUCCCCCAGGUGUCCAAGAACAGGCGUCCAACAAUAAAAGCUUUGCAAUUCAC